AUGGCGCCCGGCAGAACGAAUGGCAGUGCCUCGCAUGCCGCGUCAAACGGCGACACCUCUGCGCCCCUAGCCGACUACUUCUUCAUCUGCGGCAUCGAGUCGUCACAGGUCUACGAGGAGAAGCAGCCAGUAGCGACCCCCGCAUCUGCGGUGGAAGAUACAAUCGAUGAGGACCACGAGCUGGAAAUCGACGCGAAUGGAACUCGGCCUACUACACCAGGCUCGCCUACAGAAAAUGGCCAGCGAAGGUCGCGGUAUAGCUUUGAGGCGCGGAGGAGUGUCGGGAGCAUCUACAGCGGCCUGGAAGACAAGGCGCCUGCAAGUAAUCGGAGUAGCGCUACGAUUCGGGCAGUCAAGGUUCCUGGAUCUGGCUUGAGCGACGAUGAUUUUGACCAGGUACUUAAGAAGUUCGCCUCGGAUCGCGACAGUUUCCUCGAGGACAUGCACGUAGCAGCUGGCACCGUAACCAGUCAAACACAAAACAGGAGGAUUGCGAGACCGAAGACGGUAAGAAUCAAUCGGGAGGAAAGCACUGGAAUCRAGAGUGGAGUGGGCAGUCUACGUCGGAGACUGUCUACGAUGAACAGCAUGAAAAGGGCAUCCUCGGUCAUGAGCAGGUCGUCUGCUCGGCAAUCGAAGCGUCUGAGCGGUUACAACUCGGUGAUCCCUUCACCCCAGCCAUUCCACACCACCCCUGAUAUGCAUCCUCUGAAGCGAAGGUACGAGCCAGUUCUGCUUGAUCGCUACCCUACAAAGAACAUGGCCGAUGAGUCGAAGCGUCGAAAGCCUUUCCCUGACUACGUACCGAUGUUCACCUUCCCGAACGACGUGACGGUGGUGUCUUCCGACGAGAGGCCGCGGUCGACCUGGCAUGGCUUUGCAAUGACCAAUUCGGACAACAGCAAGCUUUACGGGAUAUGCAUCAUCAUGUGGGUACCGCUCAACGACUCUGCGUCGGACGCCUUGGAACGUCAGUGCGAAGAGUGGAGGAGGGCGAACAUGAGUGAUGAGGAGCGGGAACUGGCAAGCAGUCUUGGGGAACGGCUCUCUGGUGAGAGAGCCAAGCUCAGCCGUCUUCUGGCAGAGUUGCCAAACGCUGAUUCAGGCUCCGAGGAGCGAGAGAUGCUAGAAGAGGAAAUCAGCGCAGUGGAAGAGAAAAUUGGUCUCAUGACUGACCUUCUACGACCGGUGCGUCACGGCGCUGCCUCGAAGAUCGAAGGGCUGACCGAAGGCGACACGGGAUUCUGGAUUCCUCGCGCGUACGGGAUCCUGGGGAGGGAUGGCACGUUGACGGGAUUCUGGAAGGAAUGGCUGAAGGCGAUUGUCACCCCAAUGUCCAAUGGAGGGAUCCUCAGAGUGCCCGCCAGCUCGCCCAAGGUCGGGCUAUGGCAGCCGCUGGAACGCUACGUCUGCAAUCUCUGCAUAGAAGCGUUGUGCCCGAUUACCUCAAUCACGCAAGUUGAGAUCGGGGUUCGAGAGCUUCGAUUGUAUGCACGCAAGGAAGCCAUAAACGAGAUCCCAGGCUCGCGCAACACCGAUCUCUACGCACUGUUCCGUUGCCUGACGAUACCCAAUAUCAUCACUCUGUUCGAAUACGCUUUGGCCGAAUCCCGGAUAAUCCUCCUGUCAUCGCAUACAUCAAUGCUCCAACUAGCUACAUCGGCGUUGAUCAGCCUGAUAUAUCCUCUCAAGUGGACGGGAGUGCUUAUUCCAGUGCUUCCAUAUCGCCUGAUCCAGGCGUUAGAGGCUCCGUGUCCGUACAUUGCUGGAGUUGAGCGCCGCUACGAGAAGCUGGAUCUGCCAGACGACGAUUUUUGUUUGGUCGAUCUGGAUCAAAAUACCAUUGAGAGUACAGAGCCCCCUACGAUGUUGCCAAAGCCACAGAGAAGGAAGCUCCAGGCACUCCUGCAAGCAGCUGCUCCACACCACAUCCGAUAUGGGGUMCCCGUCGGCCCACCUGCGUAUGCCGUAGAAACAUUCCCCUACGACGCAUUCUCCUCGGAAAACCCGCAGGUGUUCUCGCCGCACGCUAACCCAUCUACCUUAGCGAGCUACGUCAGUGAAAGUUCGACAACGUUCGGAGCCGCUUCAAGCUUGCCGCCCCAGUCGCGCGCACCCAUUUUCAAUGCAUUUUUGAGUCAACGCACAGAUACCACGCGAGGCGGCGACAGACCCUCAACCAGCUCCACGGGCGGCAACAGCCAGUCUUCAGGAGCCUCGCCGCCAUCGCCAGUUGCGUCACCAACCCACCACUCUGGGCCCUUUCAUGGCUCUUCUAGUUCGCGAAACGAUUCGGGCUAUGCACUGCAGUCUACACUUCGUGAGAAGAGAUCGGGCCACUUCACAAAGGAGACCCUAGCAAGACGCAACUCUGCUGUAACAUCGCUUUUCAAUGCUCGCCAUCCUCUCCAAGACAAGACUAAUCAAACUGAGCCAAACGGUCUUGAUCGUAUGGGCACCGUUCGAAGACCCAGCGCGCCCAUCACUGGCCACCAUGCCAGCAUGUCAACAUCGACACUUGGAUCACGACUUGGCGCUCCUUCGACGUACGCCCCCAGUGUCUACGCCCCAAGCACCAUGGCGGCCAGCACGAUUUUGCAACCUACAACUGUGCAGCCUGUGCGCGAGAACGACAGCCUGAAAUGGGCAGAAGGUCAUUGCUUGCAAAGAAGGAACGCCGACGGCAAGACAGCCUGCAGCAUUUGCGACGAGCGGUGCGAUGACUAUGUCUUCAAGUGCUCUGGCUGCAACAUGACGAUUCAUGGCCGUUGCGCCUCUGCGGUAUGCAUUGUCUGCCCUGCUGCUUUCCGAGCCGACCAGGUGCGAGCUGCGUUUGUGCGUUGUUUCGCCUCCUUGUUCUACACAUACCGUCGCUACAUGCACCCAGCAUCGGGUGAUCGCAAGAAGGCCGGUAUGAUCUACCACUUCAAUAUGGACGCAUUUCUUCGAAGUGUGCCCCACGGCGAUAGCGAGUACAUGGCCAUGCUGCGCCAGACUCAGGGCUUCAACGAAUUCAUUCACGAACGUGAGGCGACCCGCGCCGAGGAUCCUUCCAUCAAGCUCUUUGACGAAAUCAUCUUGUCUAAACGCAACAGAGGACGGACAUCGAUCUUUUCCAAWUCGAGCACUUCCUUCCUGACCGACACGUCCGACCAUCUUUGGCGAUCCGCAGCCGCAACACUCCCUUCUAGCCGCUUCCCCGGCGAUGUCCGACCUUCAACCUCCCGAACGCCAUCGAAACUGGACAUGACACUCAUGAAAGAGCCCAGAUCUAUUCAAGGCGCGCCGCGGAUCCAGCAAGGCCGGACAAAGCGUAAACCGGUAGCAUCAAUGCUGGGACUCAGCUCCCCGAGACCAGAGUCGUAG